CGCAACGCCGUGUUCGUCUGACAGCGACCCGACCCGCCAGGACACGAUCACGUUCAUCCGAAUCUCGACCUCGUUACCUCGCCAUCGCAUCGACCGAAUUCAUCGAACGUUUUACCGAACGCUCCUCGCGAAUCCACGAAACGAGACACGCACGCGACGUGCCACCGACGAGUUACCGGCGGAUCAACCGAGGACCACUCGAAGCUUUGCCGCGCUCUCGGCUUACACCUGUUGUUAACCGCAACCGAGCCGUCGCGCUCUUUUACUCGCGCCCCUCUCAAACACAAACACUUCGGCACAAAUGAUGAAAGGUCGGCAUCAGUUUCGCCGCCGUUUCAGUCUGCAGCCGUCGUCGCUGAAGGAGGGUCAAGAAGAUGGAACGACGAAAAACGUUAGAAAUGAGAGAUUGUCGGAAUCGGACAGCGGCGGUGGAAAACAAACGGACAAUUCCAUACGAUACAAAAUCGUGGUGAUGGGAGCAGCGAAGGUUGGAAAGUCGGCCAUUAUCAAUCAGUUUCUUUACAACACCUUCACUCCCAAGUACAAACGAACAGUGGAGGAGAUGCAUCACGGCGAUUUCAACGUUUCCGGGAUACACUUGACGUUGAACAUCUUGGACACAUCUGGAUCGUACGAGUUUCCAGCUAUGAGAGACCUUUCCAUCAAAUGCGCGGAUGCUUUUAUCCUCGUCUACGACGUCCAUGACGCUAACACGUUCCUCGAGGUGAAAACUCUCAGAUCCGAAAUCCUCAGCAAGAAAGGAGCGGUGCCAAUCGUGAUCGUUGGCAAUAAAGUCGACCUAAUCGAAACGGAACAAGAGGUGGAUACCGAAAGCACGAGAGAGCUGGUGACCACAAAGUGGAACAACGGAUUCGUGGAGGUGUCGGCAAAGGAGAACCUGAACAUCACGCAGGUGUUUAAAGAGCUGCUGACUCAGGCGAAGAUGAAGUACAAUUUGAGCCCAGAGCUACGGCGACGCCGCCGACAAUCGCUACCGCCUCCGCAACAUUUAAAUUCCCGCAGCAGCAGCGCUCACGUUCCAUCGCCCGCUCAAUUGCAACAUUUGCAACAGAUUCGUGAGCGUUCCGAGUCCAAGAGGAAUUCCUGCAUUCUCUCGUAAACAGUGGCUGCUACGUUACAGCAGAUCCGAUAGAGAAGGGGCGAGCAAGUCGAACAGAAAGGGAGAAACUAUGCUACGACGAUUCUAUUAGCGAUUCCAUUCGCUGUGAUCGAUCGAUAUUCUCGUUUCGACGUGCCUGCCUUGCACGGUCGAUAGAAACCACGAUCAAACGAUCCUUCGGUGGAUUAAACACUAUCAGGGAUAUGUCGUAGGUGAAAGGUCGAAAGGUAGCUUUUAACCGUGGAACACGAUGAAUUUUUUCAUUUUACGCGAACGAUUGAAUCGACAUCGAGACAGUUCGAAGUCCUGCGCGUCGUUUAACGCGUUCAAUUUCGUGAUUCGAUGAUGAGUUUGAUACCGUAAUAAAGAGAAGUCGAAGGAAAAAGGAGGUAACAUAAUUUCGGUACAAAUUGGAAAGUUUGAAUCGGAAGCAACCGUAAUUCGAGUACAGUAGACUCUUGUUGCCUCUUUUAUGGGAAGUUCGUAACACGAUAGGACCACCAUUUUAUGAUCCCGAGAUCGUCGCGCGUUAGAUUUCCACGAGUUAGAGAUCCAACGCGUUAUGUCUUUGACGCAUUGUAUCGCGACCCAUUGUAUCGCAACGCAUUGUACCGCAACGUAUUGUUCCGAAACGCGUUGUACGGUUAAGCAUAAUAUAUCUCCACGGAGACACUCGCAACAUCAAAGGAGAAAACUUCUUAUCAACCAGAUAUAUUGUCGACUCGAAGAAUUACGCGCAGUUACUGUCCCAACCGCGGGCCAUAUAACAAGAGUCUAUUGUAAUCAGAAUUAUACUGUAUAUUACAUCGCCGGGUUCCUCACGAGGUUUAACGCGUUAAAUGUCCGCGAGAGACUUAACCGUAGAAAUGGCCUCGAAUUUUGAACUUUGACGAUAAGGUUCGAAUCUUCCGUCGCGCAGUCUUAAUCGUACAAAGAAACGAUUCGAUAAAUCGAAGAUAAAUCGAUGUUUAUUGUUCGACAUUUCAAUGUGUAAUAGGACGAGUCAGAAAUACUUGAUGUAUCUCUAUUUUGUCUUCGACUAAACACGUGUCCUGAAAUUCGAUCAAGAUGUUCUUUGUUCCUUUCAGAAAUAGGGUAGAAAAAGAAACUACCGUCACCGGGAUAUUUUGUAACUUGUGCUAGUCGACGACGACCAUUUCUGGUGAUCUAUCGUUUUCUUGGAGCGAAAAAGGAGACGAAAACGUAAAACAAUGCAGACGAGACGUUUCUAAAAAAAAAGUAUAACCGAACCAAGCGAUGUAUACGUUAAGUUUAACUAAUUUAUUCCGAAUUAUCAAAACCAUAGGGUCCCAGAAUUUGCAGGCAUACCAAAGUAUCCUACAAAGAUAUCCUACUUCAGGGUUGUCUCCCACUGCCCGUUCAACAUCUUAUUACCUAAUCCAACGUAUAUACAACACGCCCAAGAAACAUUUUAUAAAUCAUUACUUGACUAGUCGAUCGAAUGAAUUUACAUUUAAACAAUCGCCUACGCUGUUCUUUAUACAUACUAUAUAUACACACGCAAUUGAUUUAAAACAAAAAAAAAACGUAAUCUUGACUAAUUCAAUCUAUAAUGUAAAGUUACGUGUAGGCAGUUUAUUAACAAGUAUUAUUAAAUAUUAAUAUUCGUUACUUACGACGUAAUACGUAUAUUUCGAAAGAGAUAACAAAAAGUCUAUCAUUCUCUUACCUAACUAUGAAAUAUCGAAUUAUUUGUCAAUUACGAUAAACGUGAACUUAUUGUACACGAUUGCCUUGCUCGAACCUGAGUUACCCUGAGUACAAUAACGUUCAGGUGAAAAUAGCAUUACCACGUACAAAUUCUUCUAUUCGAUUGCAAUAGCUUUUUAAACAGCGUCAUUGUACUCGACUAACGCUAAAGACAAAACGUAACAAACAAGUAGUGUGUAUGUUGACAUUGUACGAAAUUCCAUUAUAGACGCGAAUCUUUGCUGAAAUCACGUAUUAUCAACUUGAACUUUGCAAACGCAUUACUUGAUCGUGUUAAUUCAAUUAAUGUUAACUAGGUCCAUCGAUUCAACGAGGAAAACAUCAAUCAAGGGAUCGAAACAUUUAACGCGUGAAUUACUUGUAACUAGAUACAGAUAAACUUUCGUCAGGCCACACUUUAACACGACCGUGACUAUUUCUAGCGUAGCUCCGAACGAAAUUCUAUUGGGGACAGAUUAUUAGUAGUAAGCCCUUGACUUUGUAUCAUUGCGUUACCAGAAAUUAAA